GUUUUCCUUCAAAGAAGAAAGAGAGAAGAAAACAAUUUGUUUCUUUCUUUUCACAGUAGACGUUGUGCCGACGAGCAAAAAUGGCUAACGCGGAAGGCGAUCUUAUCGCAUCCUACUGCGUGGGCCUCGUCUCUGCGUUCCGCCGGCUUAGCCAGGACUUGUGUAUUCCCCAAAUUGACCAAGAGCUUUACACUGAUUUGUUUAUCUCCCCCCUCGAAGCACAACUGUGCGGCAACGAAGGUGGGGGUGCCGACGCCGCUGCGUCAUCAGCGCCGAAGUGGAACACAUCUGCCUCCGAUGUGCAGGCAGAGGCGCUCGUUUCACUCGGAGGGGCGGAGCUCAUUGUGACGGCGCUGCGAGCACACGAACAGCAGACUCUGCAGGUACUGGGUGCCAUCGCGCUCCGCGAGAGCGUUGUGACGCGCAUGUGGUCUUGCUGUGACGCCUUCGACAAGACGAAUAUCUCGGCAUCGGAGGAGGUGAGAUUUACCUUUUUGCGGCUGCUGCAGGAGCACCAACUCGUGACUCUGCUCACUACCGAGUCCAUCUUUGAGUGGCGCGAGAUGCUGAGCCGGCCCUAUCCCUUUCUUCUGCGCAACGGAGAGAAUUACCUGCAGGUUGUUGUCGAUGACUGCACCGCGUUUGACGCACACGCGCUCGUGCGGUCGCUCGCAAGCAUUCGUCUUCGCCACGACCCGCUCUGCGCCAAGGUGAAUCUGAAGCGGAUGCUGCAUCGACUGGAAACGAUGCGUCGGUCGCGGUUGAUUACGACGGGGGCGCUGUGGAAUGUUGGCCUUCGCCCUCUCCAACCGUCUCCGCCAGCGCGCAGUCGCAGCCGUAGCGCGGGGGUGCGGCGUCCGCCUAGUGCCGCGAACAACAAGGACGAUAAGGCUGCUAGGGGGCCCGUGAGCCGCACUUCGUUGCCCAUCCCACGAACACCGCCGCGAUCGGCGCCACAGAGGACCAGCGGCGCUCUCCUCUAUUACGGCGGCAAACCCGACGACUCGGUUGGGGAGGUUACGCUCCUCCACAACGCUUUUGCGCGGCAGCACAGCGGCAGGGAAGGCAUGGCCUCGCAGGUGUCUGGCGUCACGUCAGCGUCCUCGCCGGGGAACGGUUCCACGGCAAAGUGCUAUCCCACGCCGCGUCCCCCUCCGCGCAACGACAGCGCCGAAACACGACAGAGGCAGCAGCAUCGACUCCUCACUGUCGCACACAUCAUCGAAAACGAGACAGCGCUGCAGCGUAAAAUAGUCGAGGAGCUGUACGAACUGGCCCACAGCAAGGAACGCUUCGUGCCGCUGCUGGACAUCCCGCAGCUCUUCAGCAACGCCGGUGCGCCACCAGCGCAGGGGGCGGCGCUGAAGUUACUGAAGACCAACUACCCAGGAGACAGCUGGCCGCUGGACCGGGCGCAGUGGCCGGCCGUCGUCGCAGCGGAACGACGCAUCGAUCGAUUAGGUUGCAUGUCGACCGCGCGUGAAGCACUGCAGACCUGCAAUUUGCUUCCUGCGUGGCAGCAGCGGAUGGGUCGACGAAUGAGCGACAUCUCCACGCACCUGCGUAGCCACUCAAAGACGAGCGCCACGUCGGCCUCCGCGUCGGCGGAUGGGCCGCCCACGCCAUUAAAGGCAGCGACGAACGCGAGAGUGCAGUCAGCGCACUCGCUGACCUACUCCGACUCCAUGGAGCGCCCAAGCGCAGGCAGCGCGUCGGGGCUUGCCGUCGACACACGACGCCCCGUGAUGACCGCCGCAGAGCAGGCGUCCGCCUAUUCUUACAUGUCAUCGUCCUUGUCCGCCUCCACCCCCAGCUCCUCUGUGUCCCGUGCGGACAGUGCGAAGGGCAAGAAGGCACAAGAGAAUAAGAGGACGGCUCCACCGGCUCAUUCGGAGUCUUUUCCCUCCAGUUCCGAAUCGAAGAGCGACCACAACGGUAACCGGACAUCUUAUUCGGCUACCUUGCCGAAUGCAAACGGAGAUCGUAGUCCCAACCAUCACCAUGCCGAGAAUGGCGAAGGUGAAAGCGGCCGUCGCCAAGCCGCUCCUUCGGCCUCACCGGCCUCUUCUGUCACUCCGUCAUCGUCGCACCCGUCUUCUUCGGUGGAACCGGACUCCAAAAGGCCUUCGUUGGACGAGCUUCGCGAGCAGCUGUUGGCGGAACACCGCUUGAAUUCCAGGUCCCAGAGCUACAAUCUGUGA